ACCGAUCGUUGCUGGCGAUCAGUGAAGCAAAGGGUGGCAAAAAUGCGGCAACGCAUUUGGAACCGUCCCACGAUGGUGCUGCUAGUGCUGACUGUGGUGAUCGGUGGCUGGUGUAAUGUGGUGCUUGGUAUCUACGAUCCGCGAACUGUACCACACAGCAGACAUCAUGUGCAUAUGAUGCCGGAGAUGCAUGGUGCGUACAGCCAGGUCCAUCACCAACGGGCACAACAAGAACCUUUUCCUCAGCAAUUCGUGCAAACGGAACACUACCAGUACGAGCAGCCACAGAAGCAACAACCCUCACUGAUAGGAUCACAGCAGCAUGGUCCUUCCGGUCCACAGUACCAGCCGGGUGUUCCACUCGCACCGUACCCAGCAGACGUCCAACGAUCGCCGGCUUAUGGACGCGCCCAAGCUUACACACAGCAACCCGCCCUAGUGCCUUUGGCUCCUCGCUUUUCUUAUGGCGAAGAAGAUCGAUUGAUCGCAGAAACCGCUCCGGCAAAGCUUGAGCGCCCAUCGGUUCACCCUCUGUUAAAAGACUUCAAUGGGCUGGAAUGUCCCGAAGGCAGAACUGGCCAUUUCCCAUACGUAAUGGAUUGCCGUCAGUUUUUGAGCUGCUGGAAAGGACGUGGCUUCAUCUUGAAUUGUGCACCAGGAACACUGUUCAAUCCGGACACACGCGAAUGUGAUCAUCCUUCAAAGGUGUCCUGUUUGCCGGUGCCAUCUUUGAACAGUGUCAAUGAGCCUGCUAUUCGGGCUCCACAGAAGCUGGCCGCUUAUACCGAUCAGAGACAGCAGCCACUUCAGGCGCAACCACAACGACAGUCAUCACCACAACAGGAAGAGCUUAGUUGCCCUCCGGGUGUGAUUGGACUUCGUCCACAUCCAACCGAUUGCCGGAAGUUUCUAAACUGUAACAAUGGUGCCCGGUUUGUGCAGGAAUGUGGCCCCGGUACAGCGUUCAAUCCACUCAUCCUAACCUGUGACCAUCUGCACAAUGUCGAUUGUGACAAAACGGAGAACGUAAUUGUAGAUUAUGAUCGUCCAUCGUCACCUGUCGCCCAGCGCCCAGCCUACUAUCAUCCAUCGCACAUUCCUGCUGGUUCACAACCAGUUCCUGCAAUCGUCAGCCCACAGAUUCCUACUCACCAAUACCAACAAUCGCCCCCCCCCGCAGGUCAGAAACCGCAACAACCAUCCUACUAUCCAUCGCAAGUUCCAGCUGGUUCACAACCAGCUCAGGGAAACUUUAGACCCCAGAUUCCUAGCCACCAACAAUCGCCCAAUCCAGGUCAGAAGCCGCUUCAUCCAGACGUGGAACAACUAAAUCCGCUGCCAACAGAACCUACUGUGGACGAAUAUGAAGAGAUCGAUGCCGAUCAGGAUGCGGUUUACGAUGGGUUCGAUCUCCGUUCCAACUUUGGAGCACCGGAGAUAGAUCGCCGCCAGCCGAAAGCUUCAAAACCGACACCAACCGAAAAGCCCUAUCCGAUCUACGUAAGACCUCCGACCAAGCAACCACAAUCGCUUCACCGCGAUGCGGAACUGGUGCAAAGCGUUCAGCGACCCGUGUACGUUGCGCCUUCGACUACGGCCCGCCCGCCUGGAACUCCUUAUCCGACGGUUCGUAAGGAAGAUAUCGACAUCCAGCAGCAUCUUGAUGCGCUUAAGCUUAUGCUGACACCGUACAUGAAGGAACACAAGCAGACCGUUCCGCUGAAUGCAACGAAGCUCAGCACCAUGAUGACUACAACGACGACAACGACGGAGGCACCACCGAUUGUGCAGGUUGUCGGACUUCCACAGCCUGUGCCACGGGACCCAAAUAACCGAUCCUCCUCCCCUGCAGCACCUUACGUCCUACCGACACCGGGUGAGGUGAAUGAGUUUUUCUACGGUGCAUCCGAACCGAUCCCGCUGGCUGCUUGGCCAUUGCCACCACCGUACAUCACCGAACCGGCCGAAGGUACCUACAACCGACAGCAUGCAUCAGCGCCUGAGUCCGUUGUGUAUCCCAUUUACCGUAGGACAACAACAACUAGCACGACAACCACCACUGCGAAACCGGCGCCAUCGAUUCGUAGCCGUUUCGGUGACAAUCGUCCCAAUCCAUGGCGACCGAUGAAUGUUCCGCAUGUAACGACAACGAAAACAACCACGCCACCAACCACCACAACCACACAGGAUCCUUGCUACGGAAAGUUCGUCUGCGGCAAUGGAGUUUGCAUCGAUGAGGCGGAAGUCUGUGAUGGACGCGACGGAUGUGGAAACCGUGCUGAUGAGCAGGUUUGCGAUCACAUCGGGUACGAACUGAAGCUAUCCAAGAAGGUGCAGGGUAGUGUGGAGGUGCGAGCCUUCGAUCGUUGGGGUUAUGUGUGUGAUGAUGGAUUCACGAUCGAGGCGGCCAAUGUGGUUUGCCGUGAGCUAGGAUUUGCUGGUGGUGCGAUCGAGAUAAAGUCCCACUCGUACUUCCCACCGAACGCUACUGAUCCGGAUGAGUCGCAGGAACAGGAUCAGGGACCAUUCUUCAUGAUGGAUGCUGUCCGCUGUCAGGGAAAUGAAACUUCGCUCCGUGACUGUACGUUUAACGGGUGGGGUGUGAGUGACUGUAAUCGGGAGGAGGUAGUUGGUGUCGUGUGCCGUACACCGGUCAUGUCCUGUCCGCAGGAUUAUUGGUUGUGUCACGCCUCGGAGGAGUGUGUCCCCGUACAGUUCCUGUGCGAUAAUGUUCGUGACUGUGCGGAUGGAUCGGAUGAAUCGCCAGACCAUUGUAAGGCGCCGCUGGAGGUUCGCUUGAUGGGUGGUCCGUCCGAUCGUGAGGGACGGGUGGAGAUCAACUAUCACGGCACUUGGGGGACGGUGUGUGAUGAUGAUUUUGGUGUGCGAGAGGCACGCGUAAUCUGCCGACAGCUAGGCUUUAAUGGAACGGCCGAAGUAAGGAAAAGUGUCUAUCCACCGGGGACGGGACAGAUCUGGCUCGAUCAGGUGGCAUGCAACGGUACGGAGGCAUCGAUUGAGGACUGUGUCCAUUGGCACUGGGGUGAACAUAAUUGUGGCCACACGGAGGAUGUGGGUGUGCGGUGUGGUGUUUAUGUGCCGACAAAGCCACGUGCAGCAAAGUUGAGAGCUACGAGACCGAAUCCAAGGUUCGAUUUUGUGGAACGAUCGCGCAAAAUUCAUCCGGACUCGUGUGGCCGCGUGUUGGUGGAUCCAACGCUUCGCAAACCAACGUACGGUGCGAGAGUUGUGCAUGGUUCGGAAACGGUCUAUGGACAUCAUCCGUGGCAGGCAUCGUUGCGCGUGAAGACGUUGCAUUGGUGUGGAGCGGUAUUGAUUACGCGUUAUCACGUACUGACGGCGGCACACUGUUUAAUCGGCUAUCCGAAGAGUACGUAUCGGGUGAGGAUAGGGGAUUAUCAUACGGCGGCGUACGAUAAAGCGGAACUGGACAUCUUCAUCGAGAACACGUACAUCCACGAGCAGUUCCGGGAGGGUCAUCAUAUGAGCAAUGACAUUGCGGUGGUUGUGCUGAAGACGCCGGUCCGGUUUAAUGAUUACGUGCAACCGAUCUGUCUACCGGAACGGGAUGCAGCGUACGAACCGGGCAAGAACUGUACGAUCUCUGGUUGGGGUGCAACCGAGGCCGGAUCGAAGGACUCAUCGUACGAUCUACGCGCUGGGACGGUUCCUCUACUUCCGGAUAGUGUGUGCCGAAGGCCAGAAGUGUACGGCGAUUCGCUGAUUGACGGUAUGUUUUGUGCCGGUACUCUAGAGCCCGGUGUCGACUCGUGUGAUGGUGAUUCUGGUGGUCCUUUGGUGUGUCCGAACGGGGAUGGACUUCAUACAUUAACCGGUAUUGUGUCGUGGGGAAAGCACUGUGGAUAUGCAAACAAACCGGGCGUCUACUUGAAGGUGGCACACUAUCGAGACUGGAUUGAGGCAAAGCUUAAUCAAUCACUCCAUCAGUAUGGUGUGUAA